AUGUUGGAUCAGAUCCCAUCAGAGAUAAUCUCUCAAAUAUCAUUUCAUCUAUCACUUUCUCCAUCUUCGUCAUCGUCAUCCUCGACUUCAGCGGCAUCUCCGUUCGAUUCUAUUCCUCCAAUCAAUCUGUUGUUAGCAUGUAGGACAAUACACGAUGCUAUCUCACCCUCAAAUAAUCCUAGACUAUAUGCGAAACUCUUCAGAGCUAUAUUCGAUAUUGACGCGCCGGAAAGAAGGUUCCGUACGGUACCACAAAAGAUCAAGAGGAAAGCCAAAAAGAGAAGGAGGAAUACUAAUCAAAACGAUGAAGAUGACAUUGGAGACAAGCUAAAGGCUCAAGAACUGAUGAAAGAAUUGAAAAAGAGGGUGAAAACAUUAUUGAAAUUAAGAAACAUGGUUGAACAAAAUGAUGUUUCAGAUGUAGGGGAAGAUGAUUUAUGGACGAUCUACUUGAUGCUCAUCGAGAAUGACGGCAAAAAUGCCGAACACUUGAUAGGAAGUAAAGCGGUACUUCACCUGCCGUCUUUCUUAGACCUAUAUCACGAACAACAUUUCUUAGCUGCUGCCGUUGAGCCUGGAUAUCCAGCAGAGACGGUUGGUCGAUCACUGGCAAUGUGGAUAGCAUGGUUAGUAGGCGGAUCCGGACCUCCCGACGAAAGUUCAGAACAACGUGAAGAAAGAAUGUUCGUCCUACGCCCUUAUGUGUUUGCAGCUCAACAAUAUCCAUUAUAUUUCGCGCCAUGGGUAUUACCUGACUUACCGUUGACCAAACCAUUACCACCCCAAGAUAACUCUAAUCCAUUUGUGGCUGAUCUAACGCCAAGAUCGAGAUCUGUCGCUGUAGAACAUUUCGGUCGACAAUUAUCGCUUUGUCCUCCAUUUCUAGCUCAUGCGGCGAUAUUAAGGUUCUUUUAUAGGAGAUUAGGGGAAGAUAUAGAUGGAGAUUCAGAUGUGGAUGUGGAUAUGGUCAUUCCUCCAUUCAUGUCUAUACAAGCGAACAACCCGAAUACCAACGGUGUGAGAGUAAACGAUCUGUUGGAUGGAAUCAUGCCUGGAACAGAAGGAAUUUUGCCUUCCAAUCCAACAAGUAGAGCGCCCACGAGACCCACAUCGCCUAUACCACAACAACAACCACAUUUCUUGAUCACAAACUCAUCAAUACAUGAUAGAGAUUUCUCAAGAUUGAAAGCUUGUCACGAUCCAUUGUCUACCAAAGGACUUCGAUCACCCAAGUGGAAAGGAAGCUGGGAUGGUUGCUGGGAAGGUACAUUCUCAUUCUUUGACUUUGAUGCUUUCCGCGAGAUGUUGGCUGGACAUGCUAGAGCUUUAUAUGAAGGUCCGUAUGGGGAGCAAGCUCAAGUUUGGAGGAUAAAAGAAACUUAUGUUCGUAAGACUGGAUGGCAGAAGAAACAACGUCAGACUGAAGAUAGUAACGAUGAAAGUGGGGAUGAUGAAGAAGAGGAGGAAAAGGAGAAAGAAGGAUUACCGUUGAAUGGACCAAUGGUAAAUGCUGGAUUCCCAACUUCAGAGUUACCAAAUACAUUGGCAAAUCUAGCUUCUGCAAAAGCUGAAGCUGAAACCCUACAACAAACGAUCCAACAGCAAAUUGAUUCUAUACCAGGAUAUGAGAUUGUUCCCAUCGAAGAAUUAGAUGAAAUGUUGUCAUUGGAUGAUGAUGAUCAAGAGGAAUCAGGAUUGGAAUUAUUAUUAACGGGUACAGGUCACAGUGCAUGGGGUAAAUUCAUCUUAAAAGGUAGAGUCAGAAGUUGGGAUGGCAUGGCUAGUUUAGUUAAGGAGUAUGCUCCCGAUUCAAGAGGUAAAUGGAUCUACAGAGGUUAUGUCUUGGCCGGUGAUAUAUUCGUAGGCAGAUGGAGAGAUACCUACACCCCGGAGAAUUUCGUGGGGUAUGAGGGCACGUUCAUAUUGAACAGGCGAUAG